UGCCUCUGCCUCUGCCUGUGCCUGUGCCCAGUGCAGCUGCGAGCUGGCUGUGCCGUUUUCUGUUUUCGCUUUGGCUCUUGGUCUGUUUUUGCUCCUUUUUCAGCUGCCACCACGUCUUUUGCCAGCUUUUCUUGUUCUUGCCACAGGGGACUUCGGUCUCCCGUUCGCUGUUCGCCAUUCGCCAUUCGCCGUGUUGCAGGGCCUUCGGUGUAUAAAUGGAAGCGCGCCAGCGUAUCGCAUUUCAGUCUACGUCGGACUUUCGCGCGCGCCACACAUGCUGCGUAUACGUAACACUUUUGGCUACAGCUACACCACAGCAGCGUAGGCAUUCAGUCUAUCAGACUGAAGCAAGAGCAACACCACCGCUGCCGUCCGGCACUCUGGGAAGUGUGGUGUGCUCUGUCUGGUGUGCCUCUGCUCUGCUUUGCUCUGCCACAGAGCUGAUCAUUUGGGCCGCCCCAAACUGUGGCUGCUCUUCGAUUUUUCCGCGAGAGUGCUCGAAGAGAGAACGAGUGUCUGGCUGGCUGGCCGAGCUUCAGGGCCAUUGUGUACGAACGGUUUUUGUAGCCACAUUUUGAAAAUGUAACGGUAUUUUGUGGCAUGUGAAAACGGAAAUGAGAGUUUUAGCAAAUAUAUUCGUGAUGUGAAAUUGAUUUUCGUACAGAAAACAAUCAACAAAAAGUAAAAGCAAAUAAAUAUUUAAAGAAAUUAAAAAAGAAAACUUUUAAAUAUAAAAAAAAAUUCAAUCAAGCGUGGAUUUCGUGCUGGAUAUUUGGACAAAAGAAAACUGCAAGUGUGGCGAAAAUUGAUUCCAGCAUAAAUAAAAGGCAGCCAAGCGUGGACAAGGCAGACAAGGACAGUGGCAACAAAACAACGCAAAGGAUAAGCAGGCGGGGGUGAGAGCCCAGGAUUUCGGAGUGGCAACACAGUCUAGGUGUAGCUGUGGUAGGACGGAAAAUCAAUAAGAGACACAUGUAAGAGGACACCAAAAGCGACCACGUUGACCAGGCAAUAUGGAAGGCACCGCAAACGGAAUGGGGCACACCACGACCACGACCACGACCACGACUGGCCUCAGCCAAUAGUUUGGGGGAGGCAGAAACUUUCAAGCUUUCGCCAAGUAGAAGCUCAGAACAUGUCGGACCGUUACCAGGCCGGCUACUACGAUCACCAUCAGCCUCAGCAUCAGCACCAGCACUCUCACGCUCAUCCUCCCCAUCCGUAUCCACAUCAGACUGCCAUGUCGCAUUAUCCACCGCAACCGUACAGAUCCGGAUAUGCUGGGUAUCAUCCCUAUGCCGGUGGCUAUGGCUAUGGAGCGGGUAGCUCUUCGUAUAUGCCGAACUACUAUCGCUAUGCCGCCUAUGCCUCGCCCCACUACAGCCAGCCGCACGCGCAUCCGCAUCAGGGAAUGUUUACGCCCGCUGGCCAGCAACUGAUCCCCUCCAGCGUGCUGCACUAUCCACCUAGGCCGCAUCCACAGGCACAUCCCUACCAGCAUCAACCGCAGCAGCAGCCCGGCUACGAGCAGCCUCCGCCCUCGCUGUACAGUUCUUCCGCCUCCAGUUCAGCCUACGGACAGGCGAGAGGCUUUGGAGGCUACACGGGACCCACGCCCCACUACGCACCGCCAGGCCGAUCGACGACACCAGCACCCAAUCGAACAGUUUUGCCGCCCAACUAUCUAGAGCCGAUUCGCGGCUACCCAGAGCAGCAUCAGCAUCAGCAGCAGUUGCCGCUGUCUGCCACACCAAAGCUGGAGGAAUCGUUGCCCGCAGAGCUGGAGGUAGAGGCAGGAUCGCCGGCACAGAGACUCACCACCUCACCGCCACUGAUCAGCGCCACGGGCACGGACAGCGGCAUCAGCAACUGCAGCACACGUGCCAGGAGCGACAGCAGCCAGAGCACGCCCGUCUACAGUGGCGACUAUCCGGUGAAUAUGUCCGUGGAGUCAGCCUCCUGUGUGCCCUACCACUGUCCCGCCGAAUACGAGGAGGAAGAGAUGCAGCAGCAGCAGCCACAGCAGCAACAGCAGCAGCAGCAGCCAUCGGUGGAGUCGGAGCCAGAGCUGGAGGAGAGCAAAGUGACAAAGUCCGGCUCCACUCCGCUCGAUAUUCCUGAUGACAUAAGCGCGCCAGCGGCGCAGUCAGCGUCGCCGCCAACACCGCCAGUGGCCAGCAUUGAUAAGGCGACUCCGACGCCCACAGCCGCCGCCGCCGCCGCCGCCGCCGUGUCGGAAGUUGUGCGGCGAGCGGAAAUCAAUUUGGCGAAGCCAAACAAGGAGACACCAGUAGCAGCAGCAGCAGCAGCAGGAGCCGAGGCACAGGCAGACACGGCAGCAGAAAGGACGACAACAACAACGCCGCAGGAUGCAGUGGAGCGGGGUUCGCCUUCUAAUCCAAUCAGCGAGGAUGCAGCGGAAACGCCAGAGCUGGGGCUGCAGGAACAUCCAUUGCCGCCAGCCACAACAGCGUCCAACAACUGGAGUACAUCGCCGCGCCGCUCGCGCACUCCGCCCGUGCCACAGAACUCGCCCGUGGGCUAUGGCCAGUCAGCCAGCGUCCCGCCCGCCUUGGCUCCGCUGUUCCAGCAGCAGCAGCAGCAACAGCAGACGCCCAACAGCCAUAAGCGACAGACAACGGCUGCCAAGAGUCGUAGCAUCAGCAUCGGCAACAGCAACAGCAAUCGCAUCAUGGAAUGCGAUCUCAUUCCGAGCAAGAAAUCAAAGCGAAGGACGAGCAAAAGGGAAGCUGGAGGCGAGGAGCAGUUGGAGUCGAUGGAGCCGACAGUCAGAGAGCAGAUAAGGGACAUCAAGCCGUUGCCGGGAUUUCUGCAGGCCUUUGGCUCCACCGAAAUUGGUCGCUUCUCGGAGCGGUUCCUGCAGACACCCGAGUCGCUGGUCGAGCGUCUGGCUGAGGAGUAUGCCGCAAGCAAUAGCAGUUACUCCCCCUACAGCACAGGCGGCUACUACGAGCCGCACUCCACGCCGCCGCAGAGCUAUCAUCCCUAUGAGGAGCAGCAGCACGCUGCCUACCAGGGACACAUGCACAUGGCACAUGCACGAAAUCGGGCAAUGCGCGGACACGGCGGCGGCUAUGGCUACGAAAUGCCGGACUAUAUGGCGUAUGAGCGAUAUGCGGCAUACGGAGCGGGCAGGCCACGACAUCGAUACGGGGAGAUACGCUGCAAUGGCUACUAAAUGGCAGCAGAUACAAAUACAGAUCGAUAUAUGUAAGGGAAGAGCAGUUUAGAUUAGAGUUUUAGUGUUGUUUUAGUCGUGCAAAAAUCGUUGUCAUUCGAAAUUCUCUGUGUGUGCCUUUUUCGGUCAAAAUGCGACAAUGAUUCGGGACAGCCACUCCCCCUAAUCAGAAGAGUUUUUGUUGCUGGCUGGGGUAGGGGUACUGUCGCGGCAUUGUUUGCAGUCAAAAUUCAAGAAUAACCAAGAAACCAAGAAGCCAAAAUAUUGUUAGCAAACCGUCUACAUAAAUACGUGUAAAGUAGUCAACAAUUUACAUAAGCGAAUAAGUAGAUAAGUAGUUCAAUCUAUUUUAAAUCGAAACUGAAAUCUUGUCCCACUGUACAUACAAAUGCAUUUCGUAAAGGUUAUACAUAUGUAGGCAUAUAAGAAAAGUCUUUCGAGCAGUUACUCAACUCUUUACAACAGGAAAAAUCUCUAUUAAGCACAGAGAACCGCUUGGAAGAUUCAAAUAAAGAUUACUUGGGCACAAAACUCUUUCGGCGGUUCUCGGACGAGCUUGGGGACUACCAAUAGCAAUUAGCAAAAAAA